GAACCUUUGACCUUACGUACACUUACGUACACUUUGUAUUUGAGCGCCCGUUUUCGAGAGUUUAGUACCAGUGCGAAGCACAAUGGAUCGUUUUAAUAUUUCAUAAAUGUCUGCGCAGUUAAAAACAGCAAAGGAAAGAUGUCCAAGUAAGGCUUAUUCCGGUUCGGUUUUAUGGAUCUGAGACAUAGAAGUGUCACUAAACGGGACUAAGAAAAGUCUGAGGACGGCCAUGAGGAAGGGGAUCCGGAUUUUGUGUUGAGGAAUCAAUCAGGCUUUGGAAACACACAAGCGAUCAUCCUCGUGAAUGUCAAGUUCUUCAAAAAUGCCCAUGCAUUCACAUUCAACCAUAACAACAGACUGGUUUAUCAUGAAGACAUCAGUUGAGGCCUUUGACCUGGUGCUGCGGCAUGGACGUAAUUCCACCCUGACCAUGCUGAAGUCAGAGUUCCCAGGUCUUGGUAGUAGUGCCCAGAGCUCUGUUGGGCAGCUCUUCCUGGACAUGUCGCUCUACAUCCUGGGCUCGGACUCAACCGUUGACCACAUGGUGGCAGUGCUGUAUGGUCGCCUCUUCCCUCUGAUGUACCGCCGCCUGCUGGGGGGCAGUGUGUCCACUGUGUCUGAGGAGUGUGUGAGAGGAGCCUGGAAGGACUCAGAAGCAUUUGGCCUGUAUCCCAAACUGAUGAUGACCCGUCUGUCUCGCUCUCUCCUGGCAACACGAGUCUUCCUGCAGGCACUCAACCUGGGCAUCGAGGUCGUCAACACCACAGACCACCUGCGGCCUGGCCGGGACUGUAGCCGGGCCUUGCUGAGGUUGUGGUACUGCCCGCACUGCCAGGGCAUGCUGGGGCCACCAGCCUGCAGGGGCUUCUGUCAGACGGUGAUGCAAGGCUGCCUGGGAGGAGCGGCCGAGGUGCAGCCUCACUGGAGGACUUACGUAGAAGGACUGGGGAAGCUGGCUGGCGGCAUGAGAGGAGAGCAGGACAUGGAGGCUGUAGUUCUUAGAUUACCUUCAAUGAUCAAACUGGCUCUGAAGCAUGCUGUGAAUGCCCGCACUCGUCUCAGCGCAAAGGUGAGCGGUGUGUGUGGACACACUCCUCAACGGGCCUCUCGCUCUGUGUCGUUCUCUCUUCCUCAGCCUCCUGCUGCCUCUGACACCCGCAAGGCACAGUUCUCAUCCCCAGACUCUGAUGAGACUUUGGCUGGUCUCCGCAGGGAGUUUAUUAACGACCUCAGGGGCUUCAGCUCCUUCUACAGUGGUCUUGGGGAGGCACUGUGCAGCCGUGAGCCUGCUCCAGCAAACCACUCCCUCUGCUGGAACGGGCAGGAGAUGACUGAUAGGUUUGCUGGGCCUGGCCCGAAGCGGACAAAUCCUGGCUCAGAGUCCCGAAGCAACAAGCCCCCUGAGCCGGUCAUCAGCCAAAUCAUAGACAAACUCAAACACAUCAACCAGCUGCUGCGGAUGGUGACAGUAUCUGAGAAGCGCUGGAGAGCACGGUCGCGUGGAGGUGGAGUGGACGGGUGGAGCGACGAGGGGGAGGAAGGAUUUGAGAGUGGUGACUGUGAUGAUGAAGAUGAGUGCGCUGGAGUGUCCGGGCUGGGGCCGCCACCGAGACGCAAACGGUUACGCAUCUUUGCAGACCUUGCUGAUAACCUGGCAAUGGACGACUUCACCUUCCAGGAGCAGCUUCUGACCCCUCGCUUGGCCACAGCCGGGGUGGGAGGCGUGUCCUCACCUGCGGCUCCACUGUGGAGGAGCUACCUGUUCCUGAUACUUCCUCUUACGUUAUCUCUGCUCCUGCCCUGUCCACACUGACCGGUGUGCUCAGACACUCCCAUCACUCCUUUUUCCCCUUGGAUUCAUUACAAACUUUUUUAAAGUUCUAGUCCUUAAUGUAAAGUCCAGCAACUCAUCAAAGGAAGCACGAACAACAAAACAAAUGCUCUGUUUCUUUUAAUGUGUCUCAGCAGGAACCUGUUUUUGGUUCAAAAUCACUGGAUGUUUGUAGAACCCCUUCGAAGCACAGCAGAGAAACUUAUGGCUUUGUGUAAAUUAAAACAAACGUGCCCUUUAGUACACUCCACCAGGGUUAUUGCAAUUUUUGUGCCCACUUAAAGCACCUCCUCACUUCUUUCAUACUGACUUCUGUAAAAUAACAAAGUGACAGGGACCCUCAUCAUUAGACAGCUUUGUCAUGGACCUGCAGGCGAGGAGCUCCACAACAGACCUUUUUCAAAAGCUCCCACCCCCCAGUCUGCCAUAAGUUAAUGCCCUGCAGAAAAAAUCUGGAAAAAGAAAACAUUUUUCUCUUUCAAUGGCAAUGAGUGAUCUCCUGCCAGGACUGGACUUCAGAUGGUGAGUUGUUGUGAACUCCAGAUCCCCACAGGCUGAGGUUUAACCCUCAUUAAAGAUGCACUGUACCUUGAAAUGCUCUGUUAUUACUUAAAGUUCCUUCUUUCUCUCUCAUCCUUUGUGUAACAACAGCUCACUUCCUUUAGACUGAUUCACACUCCAAUCUUUACUCUUUACUGUUUUGUAACGCUGAUGAACGAAACAGCCCUAAGUUGAAACCUGAAAAGUUUAAGUCCAAAAACCAGCCUGGAAACUGUACAGAUGAUUGUUUCAUGUGUUGGUGCCAUGUUCCCAAAAUUUCAGUCCCGGCACCUUUUACAAGAUGAUCUGAGUUUUGGGUUUUGACUCAUAAGUUCAUUAUAGUGAUUGUUUUUAGCUCAACCACUGAAAUGUUGCUGCAAAUUUCUAGCUUAUUCUUUAGCACUGUGCAUAGAGGGAGGCGUAAUAUGGAAUGUAAAUAUGUAUAAACAUGUGUAAAUGUAUUUGUAAUGUAGGUUUGCAUUAGCUCACAUAUUCAUAAGUCUGGUUCUUGUGUUCAACCAUUUGUUUUAGUAGUGUUUGUUUAGGCAGAAGUCAUAUUUUUCAAUCCUUCGCUUUAUUUUGUUUGAUUUUCCGAGAGAAAUGUGGUGGAAACUGGAUUCAAGCUCCCUCGUAUGGACCGGGGGGAAGUGUGAUGGAUAUUUGGGAGGACAGUAAUUAAAAACUGAAAGUGCAUCUGCUGCUGCCACUCAGCUGGCUUCACCCAGCUGUGAGUGUAACUGUACUCACUCAGACUAUCUAUCUUUUAGCUAUUCCUGCUUCUCCUCCAGGGUCUUGAGUUGUUUGAGCCAAGCUCAGCAAACUCUGGGACAGAAGCAAAAACUUUGUGGUCCAUGAGUUCAUCCCAGCCCUGAAACAUAAAUACAGACGACCAGUUGUGACACAUAGUAUCAGGGAAAGCAUACAGUAGGUUAAACUCCUAACAAUAGCUGCGGCUCUGCUCCAGGAAGGUGUGUCAGUGAGUCAUGUCUGUGUGCCGGCGUGCCGAGCACAAGAGGCCCGUUACUGGAACACAUAACAGAAUACAGUCUGGAUUAAUCUCAUUAGUUAGCUGCAUAUUUGUUGUGGGAUCCAUUCAUCAUGACCAUCAAACGGCAAUUUUAGACCAUGGGUCAAAGGUUGACUGAAAUACUUGGCAAGAAUUAUGUUGUUUUAUUUCAGUUGGACAUUGAUGAGAAAGUACAGCGUGAAAUAAACUAUUCAUCUUUUA